UCCAAUCUAUCUCAGUACAAUUUGGGCAUUUGAAGUAGUUGCCGGUGAUACAAUGGGCUCGAAAAAUCGUUUAGUGCUUAUUCCAAAUGAAGAUUUGCCAAUUUUGCGGGAUAUGUACAAAAUUAAUUGGCCACGACAUAUUCUAAAUUAUCACACAAUCAACAACUUUGUCCUUUGGUUGGAUAAGUACCCAUCUAUUGAGGGUUUAUCCAUUUGGAGUCUCAAUGGCACUUGGCGACAGAACGGAACUGUGAUAAUUAAAAGUUAUUGGGAUGUUCACUGUGCCACACUCGAAGAAACUCAGGAGAGUCUAGUUCAAGCCCUGUGUUUGCUGGAUUGGAAGGAACCAUUGUUGAUUUGUUCCUUUCCGGACUAUAUACGUCCUGCUGUUCUAAAGACCAUAGAAAAAGUUAAAGCUCACGUGAACUAUGAUACUGAAUACACGUUUUUCAUUUUAGCAAAAGAUAAGGCUAAGGAUCUUGAACCUGUAAAACUAUCAGAUGGACUCAGUAUCAGACAGUUAUCAGAAGCGGAAGUUUCAACUGCGAAUGAUAACUGGCCUUACAAGAAGGAUGGAUCAUUGGUAUUUUUACAGCGAAUGAUGAAGUACAAUGUGAGCUAUGGAGCUUAUUCAGUAACAGGACAACUAGUAGGUUGGGUCUUCAUUGAUUCCUCAGGAGGGAUUGGAAUCCUCCAUGUCGUAGAUGAAUAUCGACGAAAAAGAAUUGCUGAGGCUCUUGUAAUUGAAAUCUCCAAACACAUUGCUGGAAAUCUCGGCUUGAAUCCUCAUACAUUCAUCUUGCCAGAUAAUAUUCCAUCAAUUGGAUUGUUCAAAAAGCUCGGCUUUGAGGCAAACACCGAACCAGCUUAUUGGAUUCAAAUGAAUCCACGUGCGAUAAAUCAAAAGAAUUAAAAGUAAAUACUGUUUGUAAUCUCUGUGUUCAUGCUCUGAUUGCCUGCUUCAAAAAUUAAGUGUAUGAGUGAGAUAAAUAUAAUAUUAAAGAACUGAAUAAGUGGCA